AUGUCGAGUACCUUGUCAAGGUUGCCAACUCUUCUUGACGUUUUCUGGGGAAUUGGCUGUCCGCACGGCAAACAGACAGCUGUCCGUGUUCAGUGUUUGAGACAUGCCCUGCUGCUGUAUGGCUCUCGCGUGGUAGUCAACCCGCGUUGGCGCGAGGCACCAGCAGGUGAGAUCAUGUUGGACAUCGACAACUUUGAAUAUGUAACCACCCCCUCCAGCCCAAACGAAAACGUCACACCAGCCGAUACAUGCGUCAAGGUGAAUCGCUGCAAAGUUGUUGCUUUUGGGGGGCCACAGAACCCCUUCCUUGUUGGUAUUGAGUAUGCAACUCCCCCCUCCCCAGGUCGCCCGACAAGCAAGCGCCCUCCUAUGUCAGACAAUGAGGAAUUCAGAUGA